GUUAAGGAGAGAGAAAAGCAACUGGCCAAGAAAGAGCAGUCCAAGGAGCUUCAGCUGAAGCUAGAGAAGCAGAAGGAAAAGAAGAGGAAGGAAGAGCAGAAGCGGAAGAUUGCCAGCUUGUCUUUUAACCCCGAAGAUGAAGAGGAUGAGAACAAUGAUGAUGACGAAGAGGCUGAAUUUCUCUCCAUGAAGAAAAAGAAAUUGGGAAAGAACCCUGAUGUGGACACCAGCUUCCUGCCUGACAGAGACAGAGAGGAGGAAGAGAAUCGGCUCCGGGAGGAGCUCAGGCAGGAAUGGGAGCGCAAGCAGGAGAAAAUCAAGAGUGAGGAGAUUGAGAUCACUUUCAGCUACUGGGAUGGUUCUGGUCAUCGCCGCACUGUGAAGAUGAAGAAGGGCAACACCAUGCAGCAGUUUCUACAAAAAGCUCUGGAGGUGCUUAGGAAGGAUUUUAGCGAACUGAGAUCAGCUGGUGUGGAGCAGCUGAUGUACAUCAAGGAGGAUCUCAUCAUUCCACAUCAUCACAGCUUCUACGACUUCAUUGUGACGAAAGCCAGGGGCAAAAGCGGGCCGCUGUUUAACUUUGAUGUUCAUGACGACGUACGGCUGGUGAGCGAUGCCACCGUGGAGAAGGAUGAGUCUCAUGCAGGCAAAGUUGUGCUCAGAAGCUGGUAUGAAAAGAACAAGCACAUCUUUCCAGCCAGUCGCUGGGAACCAUAUGACCCCGAGAAGAAAUGGGACAAGUACACGAUCCGGUGAAGAAUCUCUGCAUCUCAACCCGGAGGUGGAUUAUCCUGGUUUUCCUUUUGUACUUUUAAUUGCUGUCAUUAUGCAUUUUCUUCUAAACAAUUGUAAAUAUGAAAAUGGAAAUUAAACUGAAGGUUUGCCUGCUCUCUGUGCACUGUUUUGUUGCUUAUGCUAAACAAGAUUCUGAGUAUGUCUAUGUUGGGCUUCGGGAGUUUGCUGAAACUGGAGACCUGUUUCUGCUAAGGAAUUCCGACCUACACUACCCUUCAAAAUUUCGGGUCACAUAGAACUUUUCUUGUUUUCCAUGAAAACAUACAUGAAAUGAGUUUGAAUAUGAAAUAUAGCUAAUUAAAUAGGACAGUCAUUGACAAAGUUAGAAAUAAUCAUUUUUGAAAUAAAAAUAAUUGUGUUCUUCAAA